AUGCAUUUCACAGCCGCAGCCAUCUCCACCCUUGCGACACUCGGCUUCAUCUCAGCCAGUCCAACACCCAUGGCCGCUCCAGCUGACCUGGCCGCUCGAGCCUGUACCACCAUCCAACCAGCCUACAUCUCCUACUUCGAGAAAGCCACACCAACGGAGUCUACCUCUGGUUUCGGCAAUUACCGUCUUGCCCGCACCGGCGGCCCGAACUCCAACACGAUUAAAUCUGCCUUUCGCUUUGACAAUAUCCCUGCCGGGGCGACCGGUUGCAUGUUGCAAUUUCGGCUUGGCGCCGGUCAAGAACCUGCGGUUGGAGCCAACGAUGCCUCUCUAUUUACGGUGGAGGGCCAGGUGGACGAAACGACGAACUGGAACAACCAGCCCAUCAAGGAUGCCCAGGUCAGCAGUCUGCAAUUCCCAACCACUAGAGCACCAGAGGCAUACGAGACCAUUGUCUAUGCCAGCACCUGCCCAGAGAGUGGUAGUGUGAGCUUCUUAUUGGAGGAGAGUGAUUGGCAGCAGAAUGCUGGUUCGAUUGCUUUCCGUCAAGGUCCGGCCAGCGGCUUCUCAAUGAUAUACAAUUGCUAG